AUAUUGUUCUUUCUCUUUACGCAAAUUCAAGAUGGCGGGCCGACGUUUGGGGAAAUUAGCUGCCGACAGCACGGCUUUCUUGCUGUGUGACAUGCAAGAAAAGUUCCGUCCAUCUAUUAGAUACUUUCCUGAGAUCAUCAAAGUGGCGCAGCGAAUGGUCACUGCUGGAAACAUAAUGAAAAUACCAAUCAUCGCUACUGAACAGUAUCCUAAGGGCUUAGGAAGCACUGUAUCUGAGAUUGAUACAAGUACCUUUAAGGAUAAGAUCUUUCCCAAAACUGUCUUCUCCAUGGUCAUCCCUGAAGUGGAGGAACAACUGAAAACCAUGUCCAAUAUCAAGUCAAUUGUGCUUUUUGGGAUUGAGACCCAAGUUUGCAUUUUGCAAACCACUCUAGAUUUACUGGAACGAAACUAUGAGGUCCAUGUGCUAGCUGACGGCUGCUCCUCAAGAACAAUGGUAGAGCGCAUGUAUGCUUUGGAUCGUUUGAGAGACUGUGGAGCCUACAUCACCACGAGUGAGAGUGUCCUUUUCAUGCUGCUUGGUGGAGCAAAGCACCCAAACUUCAAGGAAGUUCAAGCCCUUGUGAAGACAGCAGCCCCAGAUUCUGGUUUACUCUCCAAAGUAUGAACAUUUUUAUUAACACAAUUUUCGACACAAAAGAUAAAACUUGUCUAGUAUAGCCAAUGAGUGAAGAAAGUAGUAGCAUGUUUUGUAUGACUAGGCUUUUUCAGUUUGGAGGGAUUUCCGUAGAGAUACUCUUGCCAGAUUGAUUAACAAUGAUGCCAAUUUCUCAUCAACAUCCUGCAAGCCAAGUUACCUAUGUACACUUAUUCUAUUGAAUGUGUGUUGGUCACACACUACAGCAAUAAAUAUGGUACCAGGG